CAUCGCCCAUACGGUGACCACUGCCAACCGGGCACAUGAUCACUGUCAGCUGACCGGCAUGUGUCGUCACUCAGGAGCGACGCGGGUUUCCCUACUACGCUCAUUUCCGCCAUUACUCAGCAACCGCUGUCAGUAGCAGGCAUGGAGGUGGCGGGCACGGAGCGGCCCCAGCUGCCGGAGAGGCUGCAGCGGCGGGAGCAGGAGCGGCAGCUGGAGGCCGGGAAGAAGCGGCAGGAGAAGGCGAGCCAGGGGGUGCUGGAGGAGAAGAGCGGCUACUUCGCCGCUAGCUUCGGGCAGGAGAGAGCGGCCAUUGAGGAGCUGCUGAGCGGCGAACAGCCGGAGGCCGGGGCCCCGGAGGAGGCGUCUGAGAGGCUGCAGCGGCUGCAGAAGCUGCUGAAUGACAGCAUGAUGUUCCUGCCCUCCUACGACGUCCGCCAGGCCCAGGAGCAGCUCUCCCGCCUGCAGGCCGCCCUGGAGGAGCGCCGCCUGCAGCUCCAGCCCAAGAAGAAAUUCGCCUUCAAGUCCCGCAAGAAGGAGGCCCCAGCUGCCCCCUCCGCCGCGCCUCCCCAGCCCCCGCGGAGCAAGGAGCCGGCAGCGCAGCAGCCCACCGCCCAGUGCUGCCUACAGGACCGAUCCGGCCAGGUGCUGGCUAUGGAGGCAGAGGAGAUCCGGCAGAAGGACGUGCAGCUGAGCCAGCUCCGGGACUGCACCAUCACCCUGCCCGGCAGCCCGGGUACGCUGCACAUGAGGGGCCUGAGUGGCUGUCGGGUGCUGUGCGGCCCCGUCUCCUCCUCCGUCUUCGUGGACAACUGCACCGACUGCCUGGUCUCUGUCCCCUGCCAGCAGCUGCGCACCCACAGCACCCGGGACAGUCGCUUCUACCUGCACGUCACCAGCAGGGCCAUCAUCGAGGACUGCAGCGGCCUCCACUUCGCUCCCUUCACCUGGAGCUACCCCGGGAUCCUCCAAGACUACGAGCUGGCCGGCCUUGACAGGAGCAGGAACAACUGGGACCAGGUGGAUGACUUCAACUGGCUAGCCAUGGGUGUCAGGUCCCCAAACUGGAGUGUCAUCCCCGAAGAGGAGAGGAUCACUGACUGGGACUGAGAUCUGUAGUCACUAGGGACUGUACAAUGCAUUACUGCUGCACCCAAAUAUAUUAUUUAUCUCUUGUCAUAUUGUCAGAAGUCUGCUGGCUGCAUACAGGAUAAUAGCAAUCCCAAAAACCCACCACCUACCUAAUUAUAGCCACAACUUCUAUGUCCUUGUUCAUAGCCCUAUCUAUUCCUGCAGAAGCUCUCUCUGGUUAUGUAGGCAUCACUACACCACUUACAGCCGGGAUCUCUGACAUUCCUGAAAAUGUUGUUUUUUUGGAGCAGGUAUAACAGGAUAAAGACUGUACUGUACACACAUGAGCAUAUGGUAGUAAACAGGUCGCUAUUUACCAACCUGCAAGAAGCAUUUGGUGAAUGGUAAUAAUUACCUCUUUCAUCAACCCGAACUGUUGCAUUUGGCGUAGAGGCAUCGAAAGCAUCACUGAUCCUUAACAAGGGAUGCAAUGUGUAAAUUUAGUUUCUUCCAAACCCUGAUAAACUGUUAUUGAAGGCUAGCUAAUGUGUUUAAAUGAAUCAGUCUCUACACAAGUAAACAGCUACAAUAGUGGAGGUUUUUAAUGCAGUAAAUAAUGCAACAUUGGUAAUACCAACUCGUUGCAGCUUUGUUAGUAAAUACGUCGCAGUGGAAUAUGGGGUAUGGUCAGUAUUGAUACUCUUGCUUACAUUUUAGACAGUUUCGAGAUUCUGUGUUCUUUACUGCUUUAGAACUUUAGGAGGGGGGAUCUGAAAGUGUUUCAAAGUACAUAUACUAUAAUUACAGUACUUUAAAUUGUAUCUUUUUAAUAGAUUAAAGGCCAACAUGUGCAUGUUCUGUGCAAGUGUCUGGGGUCUAAACAUGAAUAUUUUCAUGCUGUUCCUGUUAGUGCAGCGGGCACUGUUAUCUUAGGCCUGCCAUAGAUGUGUCAAGUUUUUUUAAAUCACAUAAUUUGUGUUCCGUAAAUUGCUGUGUGUGUGGGUCUUGACCCACUAUGACUAAAAAUCCGAACUAGAAUUGGUACUUGCCAAUUGCAGUGAACAUUGUGCUGGUUUUGCACUACUUGGGCACACAUCCAGAUACUUGGCAAUGUAACUGGCGCCUUAGCUUGUGUGGUCAACUUAUCAGUGUUGAUCGAUCCUACUUGUGGGAUUGAAGCUGCUCAGCAAUGAUUAGUUGUCCUAAUGAAGCUAGGUUUUUUGCUAGUCCAGGUAGAUCAUGAGCAUAUACGUACAAAGUGUAUUUAUAAUGUUUCCCCAAUGUGACCUAUUGAAUAAAAGUUGUUUACAAAUGUUUCAUACAGAUAGUAUGUUCUUUACAAGGGUGUGGAUCAGUGGGUGGCCGUUAUUAGGUUGACAGUCAAUAGAUCAACGCCAAAUGGUCGACGUGGAACAGGUCGACUAGGCCAGGAAGUAGAUGCAUGAAAGAUUGACAUGGAAAUGGUUGACACAAUUGUUUUUGGGUGCCAUUUACCAUUUUAAGUCACAUCGCCACAAUUAGUGUACGGCGUGGCUCGUUGUGCUUUUCGGGCAAGGUGCCUCGCUCUGCUACGGCUGCGCUCAGCACGGGUUACUAUUCCCAAUCAUAGAUAUAAAAUAUGGAUUAUGUGCUCCCUAUUGGGUUAGAAACAUUCAAUGAUGAAUAAGUGAAUUUUCCUGAUAGUUCAAAUAGAGCGGUUCUGUGUGGUGUAUUGUUUUCUUUUUUCAACAGUCCUUUGUGAUCCAGUUGUUCACCUCAAAAAUAAAAAGACAGUAAAAAAAAAAAAAAAAAAAAACACCUAUCAUGGUGUACAUUAGUGGUGUACGUCAGCGCAUAGUUCAUAUUUUAAAUCUAUAAUUCUGGGUUUUAUUUUUAUUUUUUUGACGGUUUGUGGUACUUGUUUAGAAUAUAGCAGCACCCUUGUGGAGUGCAGGAAAGUAUUACCAUUUUUUUAAUACUGUUCCCAAUCGUAGUCCACAUGGAUAGUAAGGUAUGUAAAAGUUGAAUUUAAAAAAAAACCCAAAACAUUUGAACCUGUCUACCUUAAGCACUUUCAUCCUUUUGCACCUCUCGACAUAUUACAUGUUGCCCAUAUGGGUCGGCCUUUUGACUGUCGAACUAUCAUCCGGAUACCCUCUAAUAAAUCUGUGUCCAAUUAGUUUGAUAUUUAAGCUUUUCCUUUUUAUUUGUUGUAUAAUGGCUUACCUUUAUAACUACUGUGUGCUAGAUAGAUGCUGUUCCCACCAUCAACGUAAGGACAUGGGUCUGCAUUUAUAUUGGUCCUCGUAGAGCUGACCCAGAGGAGGACUUACUACCACAAAGAUACACAAAACAGCAAAUUCUCUGUGCAUUUAGGAGUUAAAUUACCAUGCCAGCAACAGGCCUUUUCUCAAUAUAAACCUCUUUUACCUUUUAAAGAGAGGUUUAUCCUUUAAAGCUACUGGGAACUACACAUUAGUGACAUUCCAUCUGUAGACAGACAUUUGCUCCAUAAAAUACUACACUGCCUCAACAUUUACGACCAGAUUGACCAGAAAAAGUGACAUUGGUGCUUACAGCCAUGGGGGUCAUUCCGAGUUGUUCGCUCGUUGCUGAUUUUCGCUAUGCUGCGAUUUGUUGCUAAAACUAAACGGACUGAGCUGAUCGCAAUCUGUGAGUAGGUCUGGAGCUACUCAGAAACUGCAAACAAUUAUUUAUUAGCAGUUUUGCUAAUUUUUCGUUCGCUAUUCUGCUAAGCUAAGAUACACUCCCAGAGGGCGGCGGCCUAGCGUGUGCAAUGCUGCUAAAAGCAGCUAGCGAGCGAACAACUCGGAAUGAGGGCCCAUGUCUCUCCAGUGAUACCUUACGGAAUACAGCACUUUUUUUCAUAAAUAAUGGGUGCAGUGGGGGUAAAGGUCCAGAUGACAAACCUCAAUCUGUUGCUGUGGGUUUGUUUGUGUUUUGUCCUUUUUCCAAGUUUCACUGUACUGUAAUAUUUCACAAGCUUGUUUUGUAUAUUAAUGUACUCUGUAUCAACUGUUUAUUAAGUGAUGUGAGCUCUGUUUUGACACUAUAUUUAACAAUUAAAAUAUAUUUUAUGUUGGA